AUGAAGGUGGCUCAAAAUCAAUUUGUCCAGUGGAUUAUCGCGUUUAUUGUACUUUGCUUUGGAUUUGUACAAGCUAAUACAGAAUCGAUCCUAUAUAAAGUCCCUCACAAUUUCCCACUCUCCAAGUUGAGAGACAGAGUUGCCUCGACCAACGAUGUUAACUUUAUACCCUUCAUAUCACUACUAGGCGAAGCAAUGGAGCAGACUACUAUCAAAGUCAAUACCACUAAUCUGCAGUUGCGCAACACCACCUAUAUUGAAUUAACUGACCUACAAGCAGAUGAAACAUACCAGAUUAAAGUAUGCUGGUCAGCUAUACAUCCAAUUUCCAUCAGCAAUCUUCAAACUGUCGUAAUACCGCGUUUCACUGAAUUUCGAGGAACUACAUCGGAUUAUGCGAGAAUAGUAGUGAUGUUCCAAACGUUGCCUGACUCAUACCCCAGUGAGCACACUAUGGUUCCAAUACAAGUUUCAUUGAUCACUACCAGGCUAUCUAUCCCCGUAGACAUCUAUCCGAUAUUAGUUGUUAUGGUGCUGUUGGUUACGGGCCUUCUUGUUACCCGGGCGCCGCGCGUGCUGAACGACGUCUUGCUGAAAUUUUAG